AUGAACGGAAAGAUCAUCUUCUUCGAGGAGAGAAACUUCCAGGGGCGCUCCUAUGAGUGCAGCGAUGACUGCUCUGAGAUCUCCUCUCACCUGAGCCAGUGCAACUCCUGCAAGGUGGAGAGUGGGGUCUUCAUAGUCUAUGACCAGCCUAACUACAUGGGACAGCAGUACCUCCUCAGGAGGGGGGAGUACCCUGAGUAUCAGCGAAUGGGCCUCAGUGACUGCAUUAGGUCCUGCCGCAUUGUCCCAGUGCACAGGGGACCCUUUAAGAUGCGGAUCUACGAAAGGGAGAACUUUGGAGGCCAGAUGCAUGAACUGGUGGAGGACUGCGAGUCCAUCCAGGAUCGCUAUCGCAUGUGCGACAUCCAAUCCUGCAACGUGAUGGACGGCUACUGGCUGAUGUUCGAGCAGCCUUUCUUCCGAGGCAGGAUGUUGUAUCUCAGUCCGGGAGAGUACAGGAAUCUCAGAGAGCUGGCCAGCGAGGACGUGAGGUUCAACUCUAUCAGGCGCAUCACAGAAUCCUUUUAA